AUGAAAUUUGCUAGUUAUUUGGUUGUCUUAAUCUUCAAUUUGAUUUUCUGCACAUUUGUUAAGAACGUUUCUAUUCGAAAAAGUUUAGCUAAACGUGUUGAAAAGGAUUAUACGGGAACGAAAAUAUUAAAUGAUGGGGCUGAAUCGUCGUAUAAUCCUCAAAAUCAAAAAUAUAAAGAAACGUUAAAACCAAAACUAAAUAAUACAAAGGAAACAGAUAGAGGAGACAAAUUGUUUAAUAAAAAUGAAUAUGAUAGGGAAUAUUACCGAAAAAAUAAAGAAAGGUUGCUUGAAAAUAAGCGAAAUUACUAUGAAAAGAAUAAAGACAAGGAACUUGAACGUAGACGAUUACCAGAAACAAAAUAA